ACCCACACACGGAAGUAGACUUUGACAUCGGUGACUCUGUAAUCAGUUCGGUUUGUGUCUGUCUUCCAGAUAUUGAUAAAAUGGCGGCUGUGAACGUACAACAAGCUGAAAGUGCGUCAGGGUUUGUUGACAACUGGCAAGCGGGGAAGACCCUCGCUCAAUGUAAUUUACGCAUGUUCGAUGAGGAAGAGCUUUGUGACGUCACAUUUCGAGUUGGAAGUACAGGUCACGUGAGUAAGGCCCAUCGCUACGUGCUCAUCAGCAGAAGUUGUGUGUUCCACGCCAUGUUUACCGGCCCCCUGGCGGAGACGUCGGAAGUCAGUGUUCCGGAAAUAGAGCCUAAGGAUUUCAGACAGUUUCUCUUAUACCUUUACACAGACAACACAACUGUUGAUGCUGACAACGUAACAGCUCUACUGUACGCCUCCAGAAAAUAUGCCAUCACCGCCUUAGAAUCACAAUGUCUGGAGUUCCUGGAGAAACACCUCAACGUUGACAACGCCUGUGUGAUUCUAGAUGCUGCUCAUCGGUUUGAUCAAAGCCAGUUGUUUCAGAAGGCCUUCACCUUGAUUAAAGAUACAGGUGAGAGGUCACUACAGUCAUCUGGUUUCCUGACACUGAGCCAAGUGUUGUUGCAGAAGAUUGUGGAGUCAGAUGAUUUGUUAGCCGAGGAGCACGUCAUCUUUAGCGCCGUUAACUCCUGGGCAGAGGCAGAGUGCAGACGUCAGGGAAGGGAGGUAACUCCUGAGAUCAAGCGAACAGUUCUUGGAGAGACUUUACUGAAAGUAAGAUUUCCUCUUUUGGAGCAAAAGUUCCUGGCUAGCGACGUUAAAGCUAGCGGUCUCUUGACUGAACAGGAGCGUCUCACGAUCUUUGAAUAUAUUGGAUGCCCUGACAAUCAUGUGAAACCCUUCAACACUAGUCAAAGAAAACAAACAAUUGCGCAUUCUAUAACAAGGUUUUCAACACAAUACCUAUCAGAAUGGUCAGUUAGUGGUAAAAGGUACGAUUCUGUGUCAUUCAAAAGCAGCCGCAACCUGAUGCUCUGUGGAUACAGCCUGUAUGGACCUUUCCGUGAGACUAAACCCGCUACCUACUUUGUCACCACCUACUUUGGGAACGUGGAAGAUGUUCUCCAGUGCAGGAUUCAAGAUAAAACUGAGUACAAAGUCAACAGUCAAGUGUUUGAUGUGGUGUUUGAGAAGCCUGUUGCUAUGACAACGGGAGUAUGGUAUACUCUGGCAGUGCUGAUACAAGGCGGUGAUACGUGGCGAGGACAAAAUGGAAAGAGAGAGAUUUUAUGUGCUGACGGUGUUCGUUUUACCUUCGGGAACUCACAACACAGCACGAAUUACACUAACGUCGAUGGAGGGCAGAUUCCAUCUCUCCUCUACCAAGUUGUAUGAACAUUACCAUCUAGGGAACAAUUCCUUAAAUAUAUUUUCUUUUACAAGUGUCAUCAAAAUAAUCGUAAUUUUGGUUCGCAUUUUCGUUACCCCACUUACAACCUAUUUCAAAUUACAUAUUGUUCAUGCAGAGGCUUACACCUGCCUUACACCGCGUCCAAAACCUGAAUCAGACUGCAGUAUUUGCGUUGCAAUCUGAUGACGUUUAGUCAGUAAAUAGUAAUUCUGGAUACUGAGUGAAUAACAAUAUAAUGACGGAAAUGAAAUAAUGUCACUUGAGAAGCUGCACACUUUCCAACUUAAAAAAACACAGCGUUUCACAUCAAUUGUUUCUGCAGAAAUGUGAAAAGAUUAGAAUUCAUCUUCCAAGUUAAGUGCUUUACCACAUGUGAUCGUAGAGGCCAAGCUGGCGUUACUGUUUACUUAUAGUCGGGAGAUAUGACGGAACAUAUUUGGGCAAAGUACAUUGAGAAGAAACAUUAAGAAUUAACUGUAACCGUAUACGUCCAUUAUAUCCUAUUUAUAUCCUAUUAAUAUCCUAUUAAUAUCCUAUUUAUAUCAGUGAUUAAAGUCAUAGCACUUUGUACAUAGGUCAUGGUUAGAUGGUGUGCGUUCCAUCAAAUAUGUUUGAAUGCAUAUAGGCCGAAGUACAUUGUAACACUAAGUCUUUAAAAAUAAAUCAAUAAUAUACAUGUAAUUAGCAGUUGUCUCCACAAAACAUUCCCUUUCACACCCUCUGCCGCCAUAACAGAUGCUAUUAUAUCUGAAUAAAAGUGACAUACUGCAAAAGCAGGGUCGAUUUACGA